UGGACUAAGAUGGAAGGACUCUUUGAACAUGGGAAACCACAAACAUACUCCAAAGAGCAAAGGACUGACAUGAGGAGUCCCGAAGAAACUAUAAAACAGAGUAAUUUCUAAACUGUUGCUCACAAUGUGUCAUAAGUAUUUCAAUGUAAGCCAAUCAGAGAUCCACUGAGAAACAAAUUUAAACAAAAACAAAGAAAAUAUGUUAAGAAUUUUGUAAACAGCAGCUCGCUCAGAUAUAUAAAAGGGCCAGUGUGGAAGUCACCACCAAAACUCAGAAACUCCUCUGAGCAACCUAACUCUCAACCCAAAUCCCGACACCAUGGCCUGUUGUCAGACCAGCUGCUGCCAGCCAAGCUGCUGCCAGACCAGCUUCUGCGGAUUUCCCAGCUGCUCCACCGGUGGGACCUGCGGCUCCAGCUGCUGCCAGCCAAGCUGCUGUCAGACCAGCUGCUGCCAGCCAAGCUGCUGCCAGACCAGCUCCUGCGGAACCGGCUGUGGCAUUGGCUCUGGCCAGGAGGGUGGCCAUGGAGCUGUGAGCGCCCGUAUCAGGUGGUGCCGCCCAGAUUGCCGCGUGGAGGGCACCAGCCUGCCCCCCUGCUGUGUGGUGAGCUGCACGCCUCCAUCCUGCUGCCAGCUGCACCACGCCCAGGCCUCCUGCUGCCGCCCAUCCUACUGUGGACAGUCCUGCUGCCGCCCAGUCUGCUGCUGCUCAUGCUGUGAGCCCGCUUGUUGAAAGCCAGUUUGCUUAUUUUCAGUUGCAUAGGUCACAAUAUCUCUGAACUGUUCAUCUCUUGACCACUCCUGGACCACUAGCAAGUUCUCAGACUUUUAUUGCUUUUCCCGUGAUGGAGACUACUAAGUAUAUGAGCUCACAAUUCUGCCUGAUUCCAUUCUACAAUGAAUACCUUGACCCUUCACUGGGGACACAGAAAGACUACAAAGCCAUCUACGGAUCAUCAAUUUUGCUUGGGAUAUACUAUUUCUCAUAUUUCUGUAGGAUUAAAAAUUACUGACAUGUUGUGGAAUUUAUCCAUGAGAACUAUCCACAAGUCUAAUGUUUCCAUGCUUUAUAAUCUAUUUUUAUCUUCUGUUUAUCUAAAUUUUUUUGCAACAUCAAAGACACCAAAUUAUACCCAAGUGACAUUCCUUGGAUGUCACCAGAGAAAAUGGAAGCUCAUCACCCAACAUUCAGCUUCUAAGAAGUAGGCUGGACUUUCUACAUUUUAACAUCUGAUCCAUUCCUCGGCUUUUGAAUCAUAAAGAUCUUGCCUGCUGGACUAUUUCAGUUAUAUCUGUGAUACAGUAUCUUCUGUCAUUUCUUAAUAAACAUUAUGUACUAGGCAAAGAAAA